ACUGGUAACGUUGCUCAUCGUCUCCUCCACUCGCGACUCUUGAUUACUCCACGUCGCUUCUCCUCUGGACCAGCAGAUCCCAGUCGGCCGUCUCUCGAUCCUGUCAUUCGAUCGAUUUGCCACCUAUCCCCGCAAACGCUUGGAACAUCAGUCUUCAAAGAGCUCAACGAAACACGGCAGCCUGAUGGACACAGCCUUACCACGAAGGAUCUUCGCUCUUGUCGUGUCUCUUGGCCCCCGAGUGGCGUACAUUGUGUGAAAGACAGACGGAUUUUAUCUAGCCAACUUAGUUCCUAUACCUCCUAUUCCGAUCGGUCUUCUUCCUGCGAAAACCACACCACCCGUCCAGUUACUUGAUUAUUCGUUUCCAGCCAGCGUCCAGUACAUUAGCGAUCGUUCGUUUCUUUUUCUAUACCAUGGCGACAUCCAUGCACCUGUCGCGUCUCCGAAAAUGGAUCGUCGCGUCUCCACCGAUCGAGUUCGCCAUUUCCAAACUGCGGGAUCUCUUGGUGGGCGCCAUCCGGCAGGGACCAGUUCCACAGCAUGUCGCGUUCGUGAUGGAUGGUAACCGACGAUUUGCUCGGUCACAUCGGAUCGAGACGGUGGAGGGCCACAACCUGGGGUUUGAGGCAUUAGCGCGGAUCUUAGAAGUCAGCUACCGGAGUGGGGUAAAGGUGGUCACGAUCUACGCCUUCAGCAUCGAGAACUUCAAGCGAUCCAAAUUCGAGGUGGACGCCCUGAUGGAAAUGGCCCGCGUCAAGCUCGGCCAGUUGGCACAACACGGGGACAUCCUGGAUCGGUACGGCGCACAAGUGAGAGUGCUAGGGCGGAUGGACCUACUCCGUCCGGACGUCCACGCGGCGUUCACCAAGGCCGUCGAAAUGACCAGCCGCAACGGCAACUGCGUCCUCAACAUCUGCUUCCCGUACACCUCGCGCGACGAGAUCACCGGCGCCGUCCGCGACACCGUCGCAGAAUACAGCACACCACUACAGCCCGUGCACGCCUCAACAGGCAGCGUCCGCUCGCCCUUCUCCGAGUCCCACAUCGCGCUCAAGAUCCAAGCGCAGUCGCAGUCCCCGCCGGAGCCCCAAGCAACAGCAGCAGAAGACACCCCCAGCGACAUCGAGUCCGGCUCUGAAUCCUCCACCCGGGGUGAAGUGGAGGACGACCACCCAUCGUCCCCACCAGGCAAAGUCUACGAAGGCACCGGCUCAUCCUUCUCCUCCUCCACAACCCUCCACCUCGCCGAAGCCAAAGCCGCCGCCGCCGCCGGGGGCAACAGCGACAACGACAACGACAACGACAACAACACAAGCGGCAAAUUCCAGUCCCCCGAGACCAUCACCAGCCAGACCAUCUCCGACCACCUCUACACAAAGGGCAACCCGCCGCUGGACCUACUCAUUCGCACGUCGGGCGUCGAGCGCCUCAGCGACUUCAUGCUCUGGCAGGGCAAUGAAAACACGGAGAUUGUCUUCCUAGACGUCAUGUGGCCCGAGUUCGAUUUGUGGCAUUUCCUUCCUGUGCUACUGCGCUGGCAGCGCCGUAUCUCCAAGCAGAAGGUGAACCCUGAAGCCGAGGGUGACUUUGAGGGUGACUCCACCCCGGAACAGCAAAAGCAACAGUCGCCGUCGUCGACUGACGACGUCCCCAGCGACGAUAUGCUGCUGCAUAACGACGCCAAACUCAAGGGCUUGUAAACUAAUUUCACUGUCCAUACACCUGUCCAUCCCCUGAUUUGUGUAUACAGCGUGCACACUGCGCACGCACUCCCCUACCAUCCCCUAUUUCACUCACCAUACAUACAACCUCCAUACAUAUAUACUAUACAUAUGUACCGGUCUUUUAAGACUCUUGACGAGACUUGCAUUUUGAUAUUACCCCGAGUAGAACGGACGUGUUGAGCUGAGUUCCUAG